UAAAACACUUUAACCACUUAGAAACCAAUGACGACUGGAGGAUUACGAUCUCCAAAUCUUUGCAAAGUGGAGCGUCAGAAUCGGCGGUCACCUGGAGGGCAGAAAAAAGUUCCGCCUCAAUAUACCCUUCUCCGUCAAUGACAUGAACAACUCCCUUGAUGGAAUACGUUACCCGAGGGGUUUGCGGUCAAGAGGGAUGCCGUGAGACGCGAUACUAUCUCGACAAUGGUCUUUGGUAUUGUCGGCGCGGUCACUUGCAAGCGGGCGUCCAAGUCGCAGACGAUGCAGAUGAUUUCGGAAAUCUAGGCAGACUACAUCGCGUGAAGAAGGAAGCCAAGGAGAAGACGAGCAAGACACUUCGUGGCCGUGCGGCAUAUACGCUUCUCUUGCAAUGCUAUCAACUCAUUCUUUGGAAGCAAUGUCAUGCCUUGGUUCAUGAACAGGGCUUCCCAGAGGAACUUGAGGUUGUUGUUCGUGAUCUCUGGGCUCUUCGACUCCAGGACUUCACAUUGAAGAUCACUGAUACUGAAGAUGACGAUGAUACUGAAAAUGAAGGUUUCAGCUCGCAGCCUGGAGAAAAAGAUGGCUCUGGAGAAAUUGGAUUCAAACCCGAUUCAAGAUAUGUCGAGUGGCCUCGUCUGAUUGAUUCUCUUGCAACAUGUUAUCUAGCUGCAUUUUUGAUGCGGCUUCCUGUCUGCGUCAGUGACUUCCACGAGAUGAUCAUGCGCCAGGAUGUUCCUUUUGCGCGAGUCCUGGCCACCGUCCCUCGAGAAAUGAGGGACAAGCUUCCUCCAGAAUUGACUGGGAUUCUUGAAGUCACUAAACUCCCCACACCAGAGCGGUUCCAUCAUAGUGUCCUGGAAACAGCGGUGUUCUACCAACGCCGAUUUGGAAUGGCGCUUCCUGCUCUGAAUUCGCCAAUGGUUCUUUGCCGGCUGAUCAAAAGAUUAGCCUUGCCUAUCGAGGUAUAUGAAGCAACCAAAACCUUACAAGACCUCCUUGGUUUCACAUACAAAUAUCCGAUACCAAGCUCAAAAUAUGCCCGAAAAGGGCCACUUAAUUUCCCCGAUCUGCAAAUGAUUGUACUCAUUGUCAUUGCAACAAAGCUCCUCUUCCCAUUUGAUGAUUUGAAAAGAUACCCCAUAACCAACAAGGAACCCGCAGCACAGACCAUGGACUGGCCUCUAUGGGCACGCGCUCAGAAACAUUACGACCAUGAUCCGCGAUUUGUCAACAAGAUUGGAAAAGGAACCGCCCUCCAGGUCACAGACAAAGAUGUGAUGGACAUGACUUCUACCCAAUUGGACAACUACAUGGAUUGGUACGAAAGCAGCUGGCUAGAUACCUCCAGAGCCCCGGAUCGCCUCGCUGAGCUGUUCCCUAUCAGUCGAGCAGAACCGGAUAUUCAACCAGCUCCAACCGCCGCUUCGGAAUCAUCUUCAGCCCCUGAAACUGGUUCAAUAAACUCAAAGCUCGACAUUUUACUACAAACCGUCAUGCAAGAUAUGAGAGCCAGACGGGUUAUCCCUGAGGAAGAUGAAGGAGCCAAGCGUCCCGGCCAGUGGUAUCGUCGAUAUCGAUGGGAAUCCCAGCUCAGUGAUUCUGCACGGGCUUUCUAUGAACUUGCUGCCAAGCUUGCUGCAGUCCCAUUGAAAACUCUUGUCCGUAGUGUGUCACUUGUUGAACACAGGAUCGCAAAACUACAAGAGGACCAGGAGCGCCGGGAGUACUACAAAAGAGAGGGGAUUGAGUUUGAUGAAAGCGUUGAUGAGGAUGAGGCGCCACAGUAUGAAUCGGAUGAAAGCACUGACCCAAUCAAUAAAUUGGACGAGCAGCUAUAUGCGAUGGACGUUGAUGAGGAAUUCUGAUGUAUCACAGGCACGGCGUUGGGGCUGGAUAUUGUAUUUGGCGUUUACCAUG